AUGAAAAUACGAUAUCUUAACUUGUCCUUUUUUCUCUUCUACCUUCUACUGUUGCUAUAUUGCCGGAAGAGCAACUAUGCAGAUCCGAGUUCCUAUUUCUUCGACCCCGACAGAGCAUACGUGCCCAAGUUUUCCGAUGUUAGAGUAAGGGAAGCCCUCCAGUUUCUCGACAUUAUCAAGGGAACGGAAGUUUUAUCCGGCCAAGAGGACACGAUCAAACCAGCCUUUCAAGCCAUCCCCGAGACAACAAACCUUUCACCAAAGUUGUGUAUUGGAAUUCCGACAUGGGGCCAACGAACGGAACAGUAUCUCCCUCAAACUCUGGCUUCGCUUGUCGACAGCUUGACUUUGGCAGAACGCAAUUCCCUCUAUAUUACGGUCCUGAUUGUCGAUGAGUUUCCGCAGCAUCAUCCUUCCUACAACGAGCAAUGGCUUCGGCUACUAGUAGACAAAGUCCUGGUUUACGAUGGGUCUUUCAACCGAACCAAGACGGCGAACUAUUCUUCCGCCGAUGAAGACACCAGUCGCGGUUCCCUUCUUCCGAAAUUAGUCAAACAGCAAAAGUCCGCAUAUGAUUUCGCACAUUUGUUCGACGCCUGCUACGACUCCCGAGCACCCUUCUUUGCCCUAAUCGAAGACGACGUAAUCGCAUCGCGGGACUGGUACGACCGAGCGACAAGGGCUGCCAAGACACUCGAGACAAAAUAUCAGGAAGGAGAGAAUGAUUGGCUGUACCUCCGCCUGUUCUAUUCAGAGACUUUCCUCGGAUGGAAUAACGAAGAGUGGCCCAUCUACUUGAGCUGGGCAGUGCUGGGCUUCGCUGUAGUCGCAGCUGUGGCAGCUGCUCUAGUUGUUUUUGCCACCAGAUUCUACACCAAGGCGCGGCCUCAAUACCUCUUUCGACCGUCAAACCCUUUCGGUCGCUUAUACUUGGCGGUUUUGGGGCUAUGGAUGCCCUUCAUGGUUGCGUUGUACUUCCUCGCUGGUAGAUUGUCAGUCCAGCCAAUGAGUCCAGGAUUGCAGCCGAUGCCAUCAUACGGUUGCUGCUCCCAAGGUCUGGUAUUCCCCAAAAGACAUCUUCGAGCAAUGUCAAACCAGCUUCGCAACCCACCAGAAACCACUCUGUUUCCAGAUCAGAUCAUUGAGCGGUGGGCCAACGAUCAGUUAUUGUCAAAAUGGGCGCUGGUGCCAAGUGUUUUACAACACAUUGGCAGGAUGAGUUCAUCUACAGGAGGUGGAUUAAGGAAAGGAACAUGGAAUUUCCGUUUUGAGGCUUACGAAGACCCAAUAUAG